AUGGCGUUCAACUUCAACUGGUCGCCAUUGAUGGCGGACGCGGGUUUUUACACACGCGCCCAAGAGCUGCUUACUGCCGCGCUGAAUAAAUCCCCCAAGCCCCCCAUCAUCGUCGAUGAUAUUAUCGUCACCGAACUGAACUUGGGAUCGAUGCCCCCUGAUCUGGAGAUCCUGGAGAUAGGCGAUCUGGCGGAGGAUCGCUUUCGCGGAAUCUUCAAGAUGUCUUAUUCCGGCGACGCCUUUUUAACCCUCAAGACCCGCGUCCAAGCCAACCCACUCAACACCUACUUGCUCACCAGGCCUGCUUUCGCAUCACCGAAGCCUCUAGCUGCAGCAACUCCACUCACCAUCCCUCUCCAAAUUACUCUCUCUGAUUUUAAGCUCUCCGGCUUUGUGAUUCUUGUCUUCUCCAAGCAGAAGGGCAUCACCGUUGUAUUUCGAAAUGACCCCCUUGAGUCGCUCAAGGUCUCAUCGACGUUCGAUUCGAUCCCAUUUGUGCGCGACUUCCUACAGAAAGAAAUCGAAGCCCAACUACGCAUCCUAUUUAUGGACGAGCUACCGGCCAUUAUUCAUCGGCUGUCGCUUCGCCUAUGGGUGCCAGAGUAUCGCGCCGGAGAGGACGUGAAGGAUCAGACGGACAACACGGACAUGUCCACCAGCGAGGGCCCGGGCCAAGAUCCUUUGGCAAGCCCCCCACAGGACCCCGUGGAUUCGCUAGGAAACGCCUUGAACGAGUCCGAAAUUGCCUCACUCUCUCUGGACUCCUCUGUUGAGACCCAUUCCCUCUUCUCGCAGAAAAACCUCCUCCGCCUGGCCGCCCUGACAGCCUCCCAACGAACCCUAUCGCUGUUCACCCCCUCCAUCCAGGAAGUGGUAUAUCGCGCCUGGACAUCGCCUCCCGACCCCAGCGAAGUCGCCGCCAGCAUUGCUUCACCUCUGAGCCCGGCCCUUUCCCGAACACAUUCGCAAAUCGGCAGCAUGGCUUCGUCUCUCCACGAGACCGCCAGUGUCGUCUCUUCGCAUAGCCGGCCAUCGCUCGCAUCAUCGCACUCGUUUAGCAGUUACGGCUUGAGCUUAGGAGCGGGACGCCAUUCCAAGGCUCACUCUCGGAGGCGCAAGAAGCGUGUGGUGGAUCUACGUCGUCCCAAGACGACCGACGAUGCGAUGAGCGUGAGCGACGACAGCGCGAUGACAGAAUCCUCCACUCCUCCAUCUAUCUACUCUGCACCUCUGCCCGUGGUGAACGAGCAGUCCGACGAUCCGGUGACCCCGCCUUGGUUCCCCGAGAGCGACUCGCAGUUGCCAAUGAUCCCCGAGCGACAUCGGACCAGCCUUUCGAACCCAACCCAUCGGGGCAGCACCUUGACUCGGGACAGAGAGGAUCCGUCCUACUCCGUCGAGACGAUUCGUCCCCCCAAGGCCAAAGAUGUAGAGGCAACCCCUCGUGCCCCGAUGGGUGGUGGUUAUCACAACGAGAAGGCCGAGGCGGGUCCUUCAUCGGGCCCCGCUCGGACCCCGUUGCCCGCGAUGGCUCUUCCAUUCACGAAGGAAGAUGAUGCUGCCGGCGACUCUGUCGAUCCCCUCCUGGUCGAGCGACUAGCCGGUGAGAUCGCCCGUCGCAUGCGCGAUGAGAAGUUGAUGGCGAGCAACGCCUGCAGCAACUUCUGGUCUCGUGCCCAGGAUGACGCCCCUCCCCCGGCCUACGGCCAUUAA